UUCGCGACGACCCUGCCUCCGGAUUCAUGUACCUCUUUGUCAUCGACGCUGGAUCUUUGCAUGGAGAUGUUCUCCCUGCCAGCCAUAACAGAGACAUAAGCAUGCACAGUCGAAAUAUGGAUUGGUACGACGAACACCCACUCUGCAGUGACUUACAUAAGCACGGAGUAAAGCUCGAGCUCGUUACCCGAGAUCAUCUCAGAAGUACGACGGGUAGGGCGGAACGUACGGAGGAUCCACGGCAGACUCCACGGCUCGAAUAUGGCAGAGAGAAACUAGGACAAUGCGGGCUACUACGGACACCCGGCCCCGAUGAACCCCGCUGUAAUAUGUGUCCGCUGAAGUCGCGUCAUGUAACUCAAUACGCCGGACUCAGAUGCAAAACAUCACGGAAAAGGCAAGGAUGCGUGCUACUGCGGCCUGUCCCGCGGUGGACACGCCCUGAUCUGACAGAUGGUAAUAAGCUGUACCGGAGUAGACUUUUAAGGAACUCUCGCCAAGUAGGCGUUGUGUCAACAAGAAUCGAGAUUCAGCAGCAGCCAGAUGCCCGCUCCAAGCCGGUGCAUGGGAUCAGGUCAGUUCUGCGGUCUCGAGGACGAUGGUGGAGUCGGUCAGUCUUCUCUGGGAGGAUGCUGGACAGUCCAGAUGCGUAAAAUAAUCGUAAUGUAAUGGCACUGCCAAGUGACAGAGAUGCUAGAGACAUACAGUGUGAUUAAGAGUCUGCUGGGACAGUCGCAGAGCCGGCUCUGGCUUUGUGAUAAUGCGCCAUCGGGUCAGGCGAUGACUCGAGGUAAGGAGGCGGGGCCUCGACGAAUUGGGAUGCCCUGGGGCCGGCCGCAGAGAAAAACCACAUCGGGUCCGAUGGAUCUUUCGGCUGCGGCAGCGGGGGCAGCGGAGGUAGCGGAGGAGCGCCCAUAGGUGAUCCUGGCGGCACGGGCAGUGAGCGCUGGCUGUACUGGGAUCCACGCCGAGAUGUCCGCCCUGCAACUGAUGGCGUAAUGGGUGUCGACGGCUCUGAUGGGGGAAGCGGCAACUGCCGUAAUCGCAUGGACUGCGAGCGCACCAGAGUCCGCGACGGCGUCGCCGGCGAGGGCUCCGAUGGACCUGGCGGUGCCGGGGGCAUGGCGAGGAACAAGGGCUCCGAAGGCCGCCGGCCGUACAGAGCGGCGAGCGGCUCACGUGGCGGCGUCGACUGGGAUCUGUGCGGUGCACGGCCUUUCAGUGGCGUCGGAAGCUGCCGGCUCGCCCGAGAGGUCGGGGCAUCAAUCGGCGUCGGAGCCUCACGCGACGACGAAGACCGCGAGGUUGACGUCGAUUCGUUCGCAAAAUGAGUGGGUAUCCGGGGAACAGGCGGCGGUGCAUCAGGCUUCCGGUAAUCCUGUCGGGGGGUAAAGAUCGUGUCGGUCUGGUUCGGCGGUGUUUGAGGCAGCACGGGCGAUGCCAUCGCGCUGUCUCGUUGCCGAGCCCAAGUGUCAUCGUCCGAGUCAUCGUCGUCUGCAGCCCAUGUCGACGUGUCCGGGUUCGGCGAGAUGGACGGAAACAGGGGGUCUCCAUAGAUGAUUUUCGCCAUCUGCUUCGAGCUCGUCGGCACCGGCGCAGAUAGGUCGGGCGUAGAUGCAUUCCGCGGAGAGGGAUAUCGUUUGGGAAAGAUGGGCUCGCCGUAGAACACCUUGCGCCACUGCGAGGUCGACACCGGCGCUGAGAGGGGUGCCUGCUCGGCGAGCAGGUCGGACGAUGAUGUCCCGGCUGGCGACGCUUCUGCUCCGGGUCCCUGAUACUUCUGCACCAGCAUCCAGUCCUGGACAUCCGUGACCAGAAGAAGCGCCGUCAAAAUCAGGUGGUCGAUCAGCAGAAUCGACACGCCCUGGUGCAUGGGCACCGGCCGAGCGUCGUAUCUGUCGUGCAGCGUCUCGAAGAUCCUGAGACGCGGGGGGACGCCCUCGAAUGCUGGGUGGAGCGUCGCAAUGGGGCCUUUGACGCUUGACGUCGUGCACUGUCCCGAGGAUCAGAGUCCCCGGAAAUGGAGCAGAAACGAGCUCCAACGCACCCAAUAGGCAUUCCCCAUGCGCUUCCAUUUCAUGCUCCCACCGAAAUCGGGUAUGGUGAAUUUCGACGGUGCACUGCGGCAAUCAGUGAGCAUGGAGAGGGGGGCCAACGUGAUGUGGCGCAGCGACGCACCUCAGCAUGGUACCCGGUUUCAGAAUCGCAUCACCACUCUGCCAACGUCCAUCAGACAACUGCACCAACACACCCAACGUCGCCCGCGUCUUGUCCUUGGUCGGUAUCUGUCUCGGCCACUUGAUUUCCGCCGUCUUAUUCAGCCCGUCCCAGGGAUCCGAGCGCAGUAUGCUUGUCGACGUCCCCGAGGUGCGAAUCACAUACAGCGGAUUCUGCGAUACAUCGUCCUUGACGGUGGAGUCAAGAAAAGAGACGGAGGAGAGCUUGAGAGUGACGCGGGGGGUCUUAUUGUGAGCGACUUCCUCGAAGAUUUCUGUUCUUCGCAGGUACGGGACGACAGAGGAAAACACGGAGACACGCGGUGUUCGAGGUGGGUCCGCGAGACGUGUCGUGGACUUGCGCUCGGAAAACGGCGACGAGGACCGGGACAUGGACGUCAAGGGGAAAGGACAGAAACCAGGAUGUGUACAUCACACAUUCGACGGCGGGGAGACGGCAUAUGGGACACCGGAGAUAACCAUGCAUGAUGAGACUUGCAUCUGGUUCUUCGAAUCUGAUCAACCUCAUCACAAUGCCCUCCGUUUCAGGCUUAGAGUGCCUUGCUAGUUCCAGAUACAAAGUAUAAAGCGAGGAGAGGCGCUAAAAAGCAGGCGGUGCAGAUAAGUUUGUGGUACCCAUAAUUCGCAGCUGGCAUCAGGACUAGAAAGAGAGUGAGAAUCAUACAUGGUCGUAAUGAGGCUGACAGGUGUAUUCCCAGUGCGAAACCAAUCAGGUGACCGUCACUUUUUGCCUCCAACCACGACCACUGCUUACAACUAUGUCUAGUUCUGCCACCGAUCCCAAAGCUCCUGCGUGGGUCCCCGCCUCUGUCUUUCUUUCAUACCUGUUGACGCGUCGCAUAUAGUACUGCCACCUCGACAACCAACGCGUCUGGUGCCUCUCCUGCCGCCGACAAAGGCAAGGGCAAGGUCAUAGCCGACGACGCGAUGGAAGAGGACGACGACGAAGAUGACGACGACGACGACGAUGAUGACGAUGAUGAGGAAGAGGACAGUGAAGAAGAAGAGGUAUGGUCGACCUAUUCGACGCGUUCGACGCGCUCUGACGCGUCGCGUUCCCUCUUUGUGUUCUACAGGAUGAGUCUCUCGCAGAGAUC